AUGACGUCGUUAACCGCGCGGCCGGGACAGCUGACUCCGCUCGCCGUGCUCCUGGGGCCGCAUCGCUCUGCUGGCCCCUUUCUUUCAUUUCAUACUUCUCCCAGUGAAGCGCCUACUGCAGGCGCACAUCUGCUCUCUGCAAUGGCAUCUUCUCCUUCUCCCACCGCCCAGCCGGGCGAGUACGACGUGGACUAUGUAAUCCGCUACUCCUUUGGCGGCAGGGCCCACUCCGGAGCGACGGAACAGCUCGAAAAGCUGCUGCGAACCCUGGCAGAGGCCGGAUUCCAGACCGAGGUCCGUUCGGGCGACAAAUCCUCCCUGCUGGUCUUUGUCCGGGCGCCGUCCAAGAGUCUCCAGCGGGCUACCUACACAUCUAGGGUUCGCGAUUGGCUUUAUGGCCUCCGCCACACGCAGCCCGGCGGCUCGCAGUCGCCUGAGCCGCAGACAGACGCUGAGCGUCUGCGAGUCAUUCACUACAUGAUCACAUCUCCAAAGGAAGACGGCGGCGCAGGUAUCACGCCAAAACACGGAGAAUGGACGAACGUGGACUCGAUCUUCCCACUGCAUGACGACAAGACGAACCAGGCGUGGAUGCGGGACUGGAGCAAGAAAACAUUCCUGACCAGGGACGAUCUGGACCAGAUCCGGAACAAGUUUGGAGAGAGGGUCGGUUUCUACUUUGCGUUUCUGCAGUCGUAUUUCGGGUUCUUGUUCUUCCCUGCCCUGUUCGGGUUUUCCUGCUGGCUUCUGCUGGGCUCUUUCUCGCCCAUAUACGCCAUCGUCAACUGUCUCUGGUGCGUCAUCUUUGUCGAGUACUGGAAGCGGCAGGAGAUCGAUUUGGGAAUCCGGUGGCAGGUCCGAGGCGUCUCGGUGCUGCCGACCAAGAACCGUCAAUUCAAGCCCGAGAAAGAAGUCCGGGACGAGGUGACCGGUGAAGUGAAGCAGGUCUUCCCUUGGAGCAAGCGGCUUCUGCGACAGCUGCUGCAGAUUCCGUUUGCGCUGGUCGCGGCAAGUGUGCUGGGCGCCAUCAUCGCGACGUGUUUUGCGAUUGAGAUCUUCAUCUCGGAGCUGUACAACGGGCCGCUCAAAGGUUAUCUGGUCUUCAUUCCGACGAUUCUGCUCUCCUCUCUAAUACCGACCUUUAGCGCCGUUCUCACUUCGGUGGCUACCAAACUCAACGAUUUCGAAAACUACGAAACCAAAGAAGCUUAUGAUGUGGCUCUGAUCCAGAAGAUCCUUGUCCUCAACUUUAUCACUUCGUACCUGCCAAUCUUCUUGACGGCAUUCGUGUAUGUGCCGUUUGCCAACGUCAUCGUGCCGUACCUGGAUGUCUUCCGCGUGACGGUCCGUCCAUUCGUGUCCAAGGAGGACGAGAAGAUGAUCGAUCACGCCGAUUUCCACAUUGAUCCAUCCCGUUUGCGGAAGCAGGUUAUUUACUUCACCGUCACGGCACAGGUCGUUAAUCUUGCUAUGGAAACCGUCGUGCCUUUUAUCCUGCGCAAGCUCUCUCUCAAGUACAGAGAGUACACGGAAGAGCGCGAAGAGGGCAAGAGCGGCGGUGGUGAUGAAGGGAAGAAGUCCGUCUUUGUCUACGACGACCCACCAGAGGAGGUCGAUUUUCUGUCGCGCGUCCGCAACGAGGCGGAACUGCCCGAGUAUGACGUGACGACCGACCUGCGCGAAAUGUGCAUCCAGUUCGGGUAUCUGUCUCUCUUCUCGCCCGUCUGGCCACUCGUACCGGUAUCCUUCCUGAUCAACAACUGGAUCGAGCUGCGGUCGGACUUUUUCAAGAUCUGCCGCGAAUGCAAGCGGCCGACGCCGGAGCGAGCGGACACGAUCGGCCCGUGGCUCGACACGCUGGGGCUGCUGGCAUGGAUCGGCAGCAUCACAAGCUCGGCGCUGGUGUACAUGUUCAGCAACGACGGGCUGGGCCCGGACGGGCAGCAGCAGCCGUCGGAGGUGAAAGGCUGGGCUCUCCUCCUGGUCGUGUUCUUCGCCGAACACAUCUAUCUGGGGAUCCGGUACGUGGUGGAAGCGACCAUGGCGAAGAUCGAGACGCCGAGCAUCCGCCAAGAGCGGGCGCAGCAAUUCCUGCUAAGGAAGAACUACUUAGCCACGACCGCAGAAGAGAGCGAAGCAGCGCGCGCUGCUGAGGACAGAACUGAGCAGGAACAGGCUGCUGAUGCAGCUACCCCGUCAGAGCGCUUCUGGACACGCCAGAAGAACUGGAAAGAAGCCGCGCGCAUCGGAGCGAGUAUUAUCGAGUCGCACGUCAGUGCAGAGACGAAGAAGCAGCAGUAG